AGUGUCCGGAACAUUUUUCAUGUAAGGAAGCACAUUAAAACUACAUGUAAAAUUAAAAGUGUUGUUUUUAAAAAUAUUAUUUUCUGACUCGUCCGGGGACAAAAUGCGAUUGACGCCUAAUGUCUGGGUUUUUUUUAAUCUUUGUCCGGGUUUGGCGAAAUUCGAGCAUGCGAAAUGGCAGCCCUACGUCUGACUGAACUCUGUAAGAUAUUGGAAUUGGAACUACCUUUUUAUAAAAGUGAAAAUACAAAAAAAAUAUAUACAUAUUUUCAAAAUGUUUUUUUUUUGUUUGAACGAACUUACCGAUACCCCGAAAUUAACGUAAUUCAAUAACAACACGGUGUAUCCUAUGUACCUUCUUCUUUUAAAAUAUGGCUUCCACCAAAUCUAUGAUGAUUUUGCCAAUGUCAAAAAAAAAACAUGGUUAAACGCGUUUCAAGAUUAGUUUUUCAUUAGUUGCACACUUCCACGAUAGUUCACUGCAUAAUAAGCUAUCGAUAUUACACUUUAAACUACAUGAAUGAGCAAAACACAAAAAAAUAUUCACGAGACGUCUUAGCCAUCUUGAAUCUCAACCACAACUCUCAGUGGUACCUGCGCCUUGUAAGGCAAAUUUUUUACAUUACUUAAAUAAAUCAAAUAUACAAAAAAUAUUUCUGAAAUCAAACUAUAUCGAAAUAUUCCUUGUUUAUUUGCAAAUAAACUCAACAUAAAAGUUAACAAAUAAAAUAAAAUUUCUUAAAGAAAAUAAUCAUUUUUGAAAACCUCGAAUGUGGGCCUUUUUAGGAACAUAGGAGCUUAUCAUGGCCUAACUUUAAGCAACCAAUUUCUUGACGCUAUCGAAACCGAAUUUUUUUUUUCUACUCGUCGACUGUAAUGGUUGAAUUAAGAUUUCGUAUACUAAUCUGUAAUUGGGUACUUUUCAUGUAUGGGCUACUCAACUAUAAUAUUCAUUUCGAAACGGUUUAGUCAACUAUAAUGAAAGGGACCAAUCAUAGCUCGCCGCGGUCAAGAGGAUGAAACAAAACGAUAGCUCAAAUUAAUUAUUUAUUUUAGGUUGUAUAGUAGAAACAAUUGCUUCAUAAGUCAUAAACGCACAUGUGACACCCUUAAUAUAGCAACAACGAUAGACUACGAAAACCGCUUACCAUCACUUGUUAGUUUCCAUAGGCUAUCGUGGCCAAAAUCGAGAAAAAACUGUCUAAAAAUUUAAUUUAGCAAGGACCAAGUACCAGGGCCUCAUGAGUUACGAAAAGGUAUCGUUGACCACCCCGUCGGGUCCCGGCGGCCGGGGCGCGUACGAGUAUGAAGUAUAUUUAUUUGAUUCAUAAGAAGCAUCAUGGCGAAGGAAGCCCCCCGCGCUUUGAAGUUCGACCCCAAUACGGAGGCGUUCCAGAUGCGGGCGCAGUGGAAGAAGCAGGACAUGUGCCGCAAGCAGUGGUUCAAGCGCUGGGCUUGGCUGCUCGACGAAAGGAUCCAAGCCCAGGCAGAAGCGGAGGCCGCUAAAAAGGAAGUACAGGCGGCCCUGCCCCACGUCGCGUCGAAAGAAGAAACGAUCAAGACACUGAAACCAGUCCCAGUCACUUCCACCGGCAUCAUCGGCUGGCUCGCGGCCAAAUUCAUAUUUUUCAGGCCCGACUGCCAGUUAGAAAUUUACACUUCGUGGCUCUCGAAACCCCCUCUGAGGCUUCCUGAUGCCUGGGAAGAUAAAAACUAUACUGGACCGAAAAUCACCAAGCAUUAAUACGAGUAUAACUUGACACUCAAUUAGUAACUACGUAAUUUUCUACCUCGGGAAUGCUUUCAUCUAUCUAUUUAUAGACUGGCUUAAAUAUUGGUCAAUACAACAGCUGGCUAAAUGAAGAAAA